AUGCACUACUCUCAUAACCCGAACAACAGGCUCAAGCCAGCAGUAGAAAAGCCACCACAUUCACAAUGGGACUCGCUAUCUCUGGACACAUGGAUGUGGGAGAUUGCCUCCCUGGCCUUUAGCACCCUGUGUUUUGCCGCGAUUCUCGCAUUACUUCUCGCCUACAAUGACAAGCCGUGGCCAGAAUUGCCCCACGGACUCACGCUCAACGCGAUAGUUUCCGUACUGGCAACCGGGACCAAGUCGUCCUUGAUCUUCGUCACAAGCACAGCAAUCGGGCAACUGAAGUGGAUCUGGUAUCGACAGCGACAUCAUCUGCAGGAUAUGCUGCUGUUCGACGACGCCAGCCGAGGACCACUGGGGUCCCUGUUGAUCUUGUUUCGAUACAAAUCGUGGUCUCUGGUCUCCCUCGGGGCGUUAAUUACCGUUCUAUCUCUUGCUUUUGAUCCGUUCAUGCAGCAAUUACUGAGCUACCCACUUCGCGAGGCACCGAGCGACUCGGCCCUUGCCAGCGUACACCAAUGCACGACGUACGAACCCGGACCGCAGGACGACUUUGGCCUACGAAAAGCGACAAACGCUGGAAUCUGGACUGACAAGUUUGAGCUGGAUCCCAUGUGCGAGUCUGGGAAUUGCACGUGGCCUGCAUUCAGCUCUGUUGGGAUUUGCAGCGUCUGCGAAGACAUCACGCCCCUUGCGCAGAUCAAGGGUUGCGUCCUGCCAUUCAAUGCGUCCCUCGUCAACACUACGCAAAAAGCACGUUGCAUGAUUUCGGUCUCUCCGGGCAACAGCAAAUUGAUUCCCUUUGAAGCUGUUCCAGCUACCGCCCUCACUAUUGAUAAGGAAUUGCGGUCGGACUUUUUUUUACCUUGA